AUGAACGCGACAGUACCAGAAGCCGAGGCCGAGAAGACUCGGGAGACGAACCCACCUCUGGAUGUUCAAGCCGACCAGCGUAAAAGAAUAUCGAGCCAUCUGGAAAAAAAGCUGAAGGAUUUCUCAUUUGCUGAGUUCCAAAGACUCAACUUAUUCACCGGAAAAUUGCAGGAAGCAAAAUUGGCUAUUAGCCUCAAGAUCGGUGUUCUCGAGCAAGAUCUUGAGGCAGACACCGCCACGAUUGAAGCCCUGAUCCUGCUCAUUGAAGAUGGAAAACGCUUGUAUGAUACUAUUCUCCAAUCAUACAACAUGGAAAUAAAUAAACUUUUCACGUUCAGUGGGCACGGAAUUUCUGAGAGGAUGGAGGAUUCCGCCUUGAGGAUGGAGAAAGUGACAGACAGCAUGCUCGAAAUCGCCCGCGCGACAGCAAGAGAUUCCGCAUCCAUGAGCGUCAUCACCUUCGUUACUCUAGUUCUUCUGCCAGGCGCCUUCAUAGGGACAUUCUUCAGUACCCCUAUCAUCGACACUCCCCAGAACAAUGCCCAAUCUGUUCAUCAGGAUCUCAAACCAUCGAACAUAUUCGUUUUUGAACGUGGAGAUGUCUCUGCCACCGAGUUUGACUUGACCUUCAAGAUUGGUGGCAUUGGAAACAGCCAUACGAGAAAGACGGCGCCGUAUAGCUCAGGAAGACUUGGAUUGGACAGUGGGAGUACCCGGACUUACUGCCCACCUGAGCUUUACUGGAAUCAUGAAGUUGAUUUCGUAGUGGGUCCCCUUCAAGACAUGUGGUCCCUCGGAUGUGUUCUCAUCGAAGCUGCUCCAUGGGUCUGCUUUGGUCGGCGCGGUCGCAUAGAGUCUCAGCAACGGCGCCGGGACGAGAACAACGAGGUUGCUCCAGAGCAGCGUGAUCUUGGACGCAGCGACUGCUUCCACAACGGCAAGGCAAGGUUGAAGACAGUCGACGAAGUUUUCGAUCUUGUCCAGAGAAAUGGCCGAAGAUGA